AUGGAUGAAGGACAACCGGUAUCAGGUCAGAAGGUCGAACGAAAACUGUCACGCAAGAAACGUUAUCUGAUUUUUCCUACUGGCAGCUCCAUACAAUUGGUCUAUGAUCAAACCAUCACCAUUCCCGACUAUACGCUAUACGUCACAACAGGGAUUACAGUGGCACUCGCAUGGGGCUUGCCGGACAAACCGGUAUAUCCUGAACAGGAGCUAAUGGAACGUUAUGAAAAUGGAUCAUUACCUCUGCUGUUGCGCGAGGAUAAAAAUUUCACCGAUGCCAAUCGAAAAGGGGAAACCGCUGCCGCCAUCGUGUCAUCCAACAAAAUUCCUAGUUACUCAAAUCAAUAUUACAACGGAAGUGGCAUUAUGAAUGGAAUUGCAAAUUAUUAUAAAUACUUCCAGCAGCGUCGGAAGCCCGAUUCAUAUUAUUUCGGAAAUUCGCCGUUGAGUCCAACGAAUUAUAACAAAAAGUCCUAUUGCAAUAACGGUCGCAAUUGUGUUCACAAUAAUGAGCAUAGUAUCAGCUAUUAUACGAACGGCAAAGAUAAAACUAACGAUUAUAAUUCGUACAACGUUCGUCCGCCGUAUGCAGCCACAUAUGACGAAGGUAACCGAUAUGGUGCAUUCAUGAAAUACAUGAACGAUACAUAUUUCAAGCCAUGGCUCGAAUCCACCACGCAAAUGAAAUACACAACGGUAUCACCAGACUCAAAAUCAACGACGAACAACAAAACGAAGAAGACAACAAAAGUUCCGGAUUUCAAGCCCAUCAUAAAUAAGUUGCAUACGGUUUAUGUGGCAAUGGGAAGACGAAGCGUACGCGAUGCGUCGCUUAGCUUUGAAGAGAAAUUCUAUUUGGAACAUCAUCGAACGACGCGUCAUAAACUCUAUGAAAUCAUUGAAAAAUAUCUAUUUGCUAAAGGCUAUAAUGGGACCGAAUGUGUUUUGAAAACAUUAUGUGAAGUCGGCCAAAAGCGACAUGAAACGGAGCCGGCCUCAUUUUUAGCUGAAAUCGUUCGUGCUGUAUUCAGUUUGCCGGUGGCGCAGCUACAGCGGGUGAUACAUAAGCGGCACAUUGACUACGAUGAUGCACAUCAAACGAUCGUUGAUUGCACUGCCAAAUUCCCAUUGUGUCCGGAGAGUAUUUGGAGUGCUGGCUUUUUAAUUGAUAAUGAUGCCACUUUUCAUCGCCAGUAA